AUGGCUAGAAUACCACAUAUGCGGAGGCUUGCAUCUCUGCAAUUGGCCAUCGCGACACCUUCCUCGGCCACCCGAGCACCCUUCGUGGCAUGCCGAGCGAUAUCAACGACCAACGCCGCAAGAGGGAAGAACACAGAAUGGGUUCGCGGAAAGCUGUGGAAAGGCGAUGCCCCUGGCCCUGAGGAUCCCUAUACGCAACGAGUUGAGCCAGAAGAAGUCUCAAACCUGCCUGAAGAGGCGGCUGAGUUUCAACCUCGAACCGAUAAAACUCCUGCGGCUGUCACAGCAUCCAGGCUGACGCUGCCACCGAAGCGAACGGAAGCGACUUCAGAGAAGGACCUCAAGUCAUUGGAUGCCACAUAUGUUCCUGCCACUGAGGCAGAAGGUCUUGAAGAGAUUGGAACAUUGAAUACUUGGUGGGAUCAAGAGGGCCACUGGGGAGAAGAGAGUGACUUCAAGGGCUUUCGCAGCUCCGAAAAAGUGGUGGACAGGAAUGUCGUCGAAGUCUACUUGCGGCAGGCUGUCGUUGAAGCCCUUGCCCUCCAGGAAACCGGUGCAUUUCCUGAGUGGGCAACCAAGAAAUGGCGGGAGGGAUCUCGAAGCGAACUGGAUCAAGUUCUGGCCGCAGAAGUUCAAGUACAAGGCGGCCAGGCGUCACUGAAGGGGGAUGCCGCUGCUAUUGCUCAAAGGCUCACUUCUGAAUCCACGGAAACCGAAUCAAUUGACAGAAUUGCGCCUGAAGAAGCCCGCGAGAUGGUCAAGUCAUGGGAUGCGUCAUGGAAGGACCUUGUCUUGGAUGACCAACUUAGAUUUGCUCUUCACAAACGCCUUUACCAGCUCACAGGCACCCACAUCGCCGAUGCUAAACUAGCCGCCGCCGUCACAGUCAAGCAUGUUUUAACUCUGGCUUCCAAGAAACCACAGCCCAAGAAACUAGCCCAAGUAUUGGAGUUGCAAAACGAUCUUCAGCAACUUGGAAACGUCAAGAUCCACAGUCGCAAGGUAGGACCCAUUGAGAAGGAGACUUCUUUGGGUCGAUGGAAGGUGAUUGAGGAGGAGUUGACGAAGCGAGGCUUGCCUGUUACGGGCACGGCGGGCAUGUCGAAGAACAAGGAGAGAGAUUGGAUCUCAGGCAAGAUUUAA